AGCUGAUUUUCCUGGUUUGGACUUCACUGCGGCUCAGAAGUUGGAGUUGUCUCGCUGGUCGGUUAUAGUGACCUCAUCAAAAGUAACCAUCUGAGCAAGUUAACAACAACCGACGAAAACAAACAAAAAACUGCUCUGUAACACAGCCUAGGCCGGUCGCCUGAGGAUCAAGCAGGGAUUGAAGUAGAGCUUGCUUAGAAAAUACCGGCAGCGUUGAAGCUCAUUGAGCUGAACAAAACAAACAUUCACCUCGCCUCGUCACAGGGAAUCGUGCCUUUGAAAGGACCAUGUGGUUGUUGUAGCGUUCAUUUUUCAUGAUGCCUCCUGCCAUGACUGAUCCGUUGGAUAUCUGGGCAGUAGAUUCCCAGAUCCCAUCAGAUAACAGCAUCACUGCGGAUUUCUUACUGCCCACUGGAAUGUACAUUCAGUUGGAUGUGCCUCGCGAGGCCACCAUUGAACAUAUCAAAUCACUCCUAUGGACACAGGCACAGACAUACCCACUGUACAGUGUCCUUGGCGAACAGGACUCCUAUAUGUUUCAAUGUGUGAACCAGUCAGCUGUGCAUGAGGAGCUGGAGGAUGAGUCUCGUCGCCUCUGUGAUGUUAGACCUUUCCUUCCUGUUUUAAAGCUUGUAGCCAGGAACUGCAAUAGAUCUGAAAAACUACUAGAUUCAAAAAUUGGUGUUCUUAUUGGGAAAGGUCUCCAUGAGUUUGAUGCACUAACAGACCCUGAGGUUAAAGAAUUUCGCAGCAAAAUGCGCAAAAUCAAUGAGGAGAACAUGUUGAAACGUCAAGGACUCUCCUGGAUGGAUUGGUUGCAGCAUAACUUUCCUCCUGAGGUUGAAUCUGCUGGUGUUAAUAACACUGAAGACAAACUGCACAAAGACAAUUUCCUUGUAGCCAUCCGAUUUGAGUCUUGUCAGGACAUCUUCAAUUUCCAGGUAUCUCCAAACUUGAAUCCCUAUCAAUUAAAUGAACUUGCCAUUCGGAAACAGCUGACCAACCAUGGAAAAGAGAAUGAGGAAUUCAAUCCUCGAGAUUUUGUGCUGCGCGUAAGUGGAAAGCAGGAAUACCUGUUUGGCGAGCAACCACUGAUUCAAUUCCGGUAUAUAAGAAAUUGCGUGUCAAAAGGACUCCAUCCUCAGCUGACAUUAGUGGACUGUAGCACAAUUAAGGAGAUGUGUGAUCGCGAAAUGUCAGCUAUUGGUAUGGCAUUGCAUCGGAAAUCAUCCAAUCUUCCUCUUCCUUUGCCACCCAAGAGACGGACCAUAUCUCAAAUGGCAGGUAAUGUUUGGGAUAUAAACAGUCCUUUCAAGAUUGUUCUUGCUCAUGGGAUCAAAAUAAAUGCAGAUGAAGCACUACGAGUUCAGGUCAGGGCUGGGAUUUUCCAUGGAACUGAACUUCUUUGUAAAUCUGUUGUAAGCAAUGAGAUUUCUGGAAAAAAUGACCUUGUAUGGAAUGAGACACUGGACUUUGAAAUAAACGUUUGUGAUCUGCCAAGAAUGUCCCGACUCUGUUUUGCUGUGUAUGGGGUGAUGGAUAAAGUGAAGAAACAGAAAUCAACAAAGAACGUGAACAAAUAUCAGACCAUCCGGAAAGCAGGAAAAGUGCACUAUCCAAUUGCAUGGGUGAACACUAUGAUAUUUGACUUCAGAGGACAGCUGAAGAGUGGUGAUCUGUCACUGCACUGCUGGUCAUCAUUCCCUGAUGAAUUGGAAGAAAUGUUGAAUCCCAUGGGCACAACACAGACAAAUCCAUAUACUGAGAAUGCUACUGAGCUACAUAUUCAGUUUCAUGAAUACAGUAAAGUAGCAAUUUUCUAUCCUGCUUUCGACAAGAUCUUGGAGAAGGCAGCAGAGAUUGCACGAAGCAAUGACACACUAAGCACAUCAGGUCGAGGAUGGAAGAAGUUGCAUAUUGAGUUAAGAGAAAUCAUGGAACGAGAUCCAUUAUCACAAUUGUGUGAAAAUGAGAUGGAUUUAAUAUGGACCCUACGAUAUGAUUGUCGUGAAAACUUUCCUCAGUCACUGCCCAAGCUGCUUCUCUCGGUGAAGUGGAAUAAACAUGAAGAUGUGGCACAGCUCCAAGCGUUACUCCAAAUAUGGACCAAAAUAGCACCGAGGGAGGCAUUAGAACUGCUGGACUUCAACUAUCCAGACCAAUAUGUGCGGGAAUAUGCUGUGGGAUGUUUGAAAGAAAUGAGUGAUGAAGAGCUUUCUCAGUAUCUCCUACAGCUGGUGCAAGUACUGAAAUAUGAGCCAUACUUUGACUGUGCCCUUUCCAGAUUUCUUUUGGAGCGAGCGCAAGCCAACAGAAGGAUAGGUCACUUCUUGUUUUGGCAUCUCAGGUCUGAAAUGCAUCUACCUGCUACUUCAUUGCAAUUUGGAUUGAUUUUGGAGUCAUACUGUCGAGGAAGUAUCACUCAUAUUAAAGAUCUUUCCAAACAGAUGGAAGCUCUGAGUAAGAUGAAAGCUAUCAAUAGUCUCGUGAAAAUCAGUUCGCUGAAGGUGGCAAAGAAUAAGUUGAAGGAUGUGAUUCAUACCUGCUUAAAACAGCCUGUGUACCAGGAAGCAUUGUCCAACAUUCAGUCACCACUGAACCCGAGUGUUAUCCUUUCAGAACUGAAUAUAGACAAAUGCAGGUAUAUGGACUCCAAAAUGAAGCCUCUCUGGAUAUUGUACAACAAUAAAAUGUUGGGAGGAGAGCCAGUGGGAAUUAUCUUUAAAAAUGGUGAUGAUUUGCGACAAGACAUGUUGGCUCUGCAGAUUCUACACUUGAUGGACAUGCUGUGGAAGGAGGCAGGCUUAGACCUCAGAAUUGUGCCUUACGGCUGCCUUGCAACGGGAGAUAAAUCUGGUGUAAUUCAGGUGGUCUCUGCUGCAGAAACUAUAGCCAAUAUCCAGCUAACUAACAGUAAUGUUGCUGCUACUGCUGCCUUCAACAAAGAUGCUUUGCUGAACUGGCUCAAGGAAAAGAAUUCUGCGGAUGCUCUUGAACGAGCAAUUGAGGAAUUUACUCUGUCAUGUGCUGGAUACUGUGUAGCAACCUAUGUGCUGGGUAUUGGUGACCGACACAGCGACAACAUCAUGGUCCGAGAAUCUGGCCAGCUCUUCCAUAUUGAUUUUGGACACAUUCUUGGCAAUUUCAAGUCUAAGUUCGGGAUUAAGAGAGAGCGUGUGCCUUUUAUUCUUACCUACGACUUCAUUCAUGUCAUUCAACAAGGAAAAACAGGAAACACUGAAAAGUUUAGCAGGUUCCGUCAAUAUUGUGAAGAAGCUUACCUGAUUCUGCGCAAGAAUGGAAACCUGUUUAUUACUCUGUUUGCACUAAUGUUGACAGCAGGUCUACCUGAGCUAAGCUCCAUCAAAGACAUCCAAUACCUUAAGGACUCUCUGGCUUUAGGUAAAAGUGAUGACGAAGCAUUGAAGCAGUUUCGACAGAAGUUUGAUGAGGCCCUUCGUGAAAGCUGGACAACAAAAGUGAACUGGAUGGCUCACAUUGUGGCCAAAGACAAAUGGUCCUAGUGCAUUUUCAGCAGUGCACUGAAAUGAAUACAGGGUGUUUAAUUGAGGAGGCAGCUUGCUUCUGGACCAUAUUGCAGGAGAAUGCUGCAGUUCUUGCACUCCAUGCCUUCCAACUUCCAGUGCGUUAUGAAAUAUGUAUAUAUUUGCUGGAUCUUGCUGACUUCGCAUGCUGCUAGCGACUGGUUGCUUCACCUUGAGAUUUUUAAUGGCAUGGUACUCGUAGAAUAAAUCAACACUUUUUUCAGAAGUUGAGGCUGACUGAUACCAAAUAUUGAACACUAUCAAUAUAAUAGUGUGAUUGAUAUUGGGUGUUUAUAUUCAUAUGUUUGUUAGAUUCAUUUUAAGUGGAAGAUUUGUAUUUUAAAUCAGUUGGUCUGGAUCGAAAGAUCAUAGUAGGAUCUAGUGAACAGGAAUUGGUGAUACAUUUUGUUUUGAAAUAAGCACUUGUAUAAUUCUGGAUUUUGGCUAACACCAGUGUAUCCCAUGGUAAAACACCCAUCUCCGUAUCAGUCUGCUUGCAUACAGUUUGGUCAGUGCCAUAUUGUUGCAGGUGUUGUUUUAUAACCGAGGAGAAUGAUUCUGUUUUCACUGAAAAUCUUGAACAAUAGGUCAACGUGAUAUACUUGGUCUAGAAGGAAAAUAAACUGGUAUUUUAUAUCUGGGCACACUUACCCAUGACACUACUUCUCCUGAUUCCUUGUCAUUGUAUGGAUGAUUUAUGAAUAACUGGUAAAUAAGCCUAGAAUUGCCAUUUUGUUCUCCAAUCAUUGAGAUCUUAGCUCUGAAUAAGGUAAAUGCUUAGCAGUGAUGGAUUUCUGAACUUAACACGUCAAGUCAACUUUAGUUUUUGAGUGAUUUCAGUCAUGCUUUUUGGUGUGUUUCAGAUGAUGUUGUAGAGAUGGUUUAAAAAAAUAGCUUCAAUUUUGCACCAUUGGAAUUAAUUCAAAGGGCUUUAGCUACAUUUUGCAGCCUGUUACCCAGGAAUGAUUAAGGUUCCCUGUCACUUUAAUGAUUAGGAUAAAUUGAAAUCAGCUUUUACAUUCCAUUCUGGAAUGUACUCAUUACUGGCUGGGCCAGCAGUUAUUGCCCAUCCUGAUUUGUGCUGGAGAACUUCUGCUGGUCCAUUUAUUGUAAGUAGACAAACAAUGGCACUGGCGAGGGAGUUCCAGGAUUUUAACUUAGCAACACCAAUGAAAUGGUGAUAGACUUUCAAGUCAGGAUAGUGAGUGGCUUGGUCUGGUGGGGGUGGGGGAGGAAUCUUACACGUAGUGGCGCUUUCAUGCAUCUUGUCCUUCCAAAGAAUACAGUUCACAUGUUUGGAAGGAACUGUCAAAAGGCAGCUUGAUGAGUUAACAUAAGUGUGUUACAUGAAUUGUACACACUGCUGCCACUUUAUGUUGGUGGUAAAGAGAGUGAAAAUGAUGGAUGGGGUGCCAAUCACGCAAGCUGCCCUAUCUUGUGUAAACUUGUAUUAACAGUAUCAGUUCAACAAAAGGCAACAGAGAGGCUACUUGUAGGGAAACCAAUUACUCUGAUUACAUGUGUAAUCAUAAUGUAAACAUGGACCUUGGAUGUAGUUGAUAUUGUCCAGGUGGUCAGAUGUGUCAUGAGUACAGAUGUGCUUAUCUGAUAUUUUGCAAUGGGAUUCAUUUUUAUCAGUGUUAUCAAGUUUGCUAACUAAUGUUUUGAGGAAUGAACUACUUCUACCCAAAUUGGACGUAUACCACAGUUUAAAUGAAUAGAGAAUGUGUUGGUAUUUACAAAAUGUAAAUUGUUUAACAAACAAUAUGGAACAAUUUUUUCACUUGAUUUUUGAAUUGUAAACGCCAGAUUGUCCUGUAGUGAUUCUGAUGUGAAAUUGUACUAGAAAACUACUGUUUCUACUGUGGUGGAGGCCUUCUGUCAUUCCAUUUAGAUACACCCAAAGCACACUGCACCCGAAGUGCCCACUGAAGCUAACCACAAAGAAGUGGUUGGUUUAAUCUGAAUGUGUUAUUUUUUCUGACCCUCAGCUACUGUUGUUUAUUCAGGGUGUUGCCACUUUUCUUUUGACUCAGCUAUUUUAAUGCUGCUUUAAUUUGCCUUUAUCUACCAUGCUCAAUGGAGGGAGAAGAUAUAUAACAAAGUAAUAGUGAGCACUGCAGUUUUGAUGCUUAAUGGAAUGGUACUGCAUUUUCUCUUCCCUGGUGCUAUUGCAGGCAAACACUUGUAAUUUGUGCAAUACAAAGAUUUUUGUAACAACAUAGCCACCGCUGCAGGCAUUAAAACAUUAGUGGGGGAACCAUCCUCAAUUUUUCAGGUGAAGGGCUCUCAUGGUUUUAACAAUAUCGGUAUUACAAGUUCAUGCAACCUUUGCUUUCAAUUUUUAAGCUGAAAAUUUAUUAAAGGGUAAUUUUGAAUAAGAUAGCUUCCUUACAAGCAUUGGGUAUGUGGUGUUAUCAGGAUUUAACUGUGUGGAAUGUUAUAUGGUAAAUAAAUGUUCACAAGCACAGUGUAUCAAUUUUGGAUUAUUAUUGGAGUUCUUCGCUACAGAAAUCUCCAGUUAAGAAAUCUACUAUUUAUCAUUGUGCUUAAUAUGAAAAAAAAACUGAUAAGAUGGACAAGUUUAUUUUUAACCUAACAGUGAAUUGAAGUGAUUUUGAUUUGCACAGUUUAACCUAAAUGCAUAGAUAUUAAUAUUUUAGUGCACUUUAGCAGAUAGUUAAUGUCUCUGGCCUCGACUGAGAGGAUGGUGACAGCACUGGUCUCAGCAAAGAUACCUCUUUUAUAUGCUUGAGAUUGACAUGAACAUAUGCCAACUACAGUCCUGAAACUAUUACAGCUUACCUUUAACUGUUCAGGUUCGAUGUUUGUCAGAUAUUCUGAGUAAUACUGGAAUUUCUUGAAGCUCUCAACUGAUUAUUUAUUUGGGAAAAUUAUUUCUUCAGUAAGGAAACCAAAUUAUAAGGAUGGUUUACUUUUUUUGUAUGUAUAUUAUGAAAUAUAUGCCUGUUUCCAAUCCAUCCAAAAUACUAUAUAUAGGCAAACAUUAUACUGGCCUGGGAAAAGCCGCAAUAAAUUUUCAAAUCUAGUGGAAUACAGCUGAUUUUAAAAAAGCAUUCUGAAAAGUCAGUAGGGUAUAUUGCUAACUUUGGCUAGUGGUUGUGAAGAUAGAGAGGUAGUAGAAAAGGACUGUGUUCAAAUGUUCCAUUAAUUGAGAUUUACCUUUGUAUGCUAGAUCUAUGCUGUGUAAAUUAUUUAUUUUGUUUAAAUGCAUUUUCAAUGUGGAUUUUAUCUUUCCAUGUGCUUCUCAACCCUCAUCCAUUCUCCCUGUUAGAAAUGUGGGAUAUUAAGCUGCGGACUACUCCCUGGUUGCUGUCAAUGCUGCUUAAUAUGAGCAUAAGACUUAGAAAUGGCAUAGCAGAUUGUUCGUCUGUGUCAGGCUUUUCCCACGCUUGUGGGGUGCUGUGGUCCACCUUGUAAUUAGUAGAGAAUUAUCAAAGCUUGUCAUCAGCACAAGCUAUGGUUGAAUGCCAGUUGAGGUUGGUUUUGGGAUUUGAGCCAGUAACCUCACUGUCGGCAUUCUAAUGCUCCAUUAUCAAUGCUACUGUUCUGCCUUUUGUACAUUGUUUAUAAUAAUCAGAAAUGCUUGUUGCUACUACUGAGUUGUGUAGAUUUGUACAGAAUUAUUAUAGGGUUUAAAAACAAAUUUUCUCCAUAAGGGCUUGGGCAACACUCCUAUAAUAAUCCACCAAAUAUUAUGCAGACUGUGGAUUUAUUUAAUUGUGUCCUUGUAAUAAAUAAGUAAACUGUAUGAUAAAUAAGUGGCAUGCAGGAAACUGUGCCUUCAAAGAUUUGCCAUAGAUUUUGAAUGUACUUGUUAAAUGUUUCAGAAUUUUAUCCUGUUUAUAUUAAAUCAUGUCAUUCCAGAAGAAAAUUUGCAAGGACUUUCAUUUAAAUGGCUGUUAAAUGUAUAUUUUGUUUUUAAAUAAAUUUUUUUAUGAAA